AUGGAUGAUAAUAACACAAGCAGUGGUGAACUAUAUGACUCGACUUCAUCUUCUGAAGAGGGUGAUGAUUUAGAUGAAAUUUUUAUUGCUCACAUUAUGAAUGAGUAUGAGGAAAUAUUUUUAUGCAAGACACCUCAAAGGACAUCAAUGUUAAGUGGUGCACAAUUUGUAAGAGAUAUGAUAGAAGGUCAUCCUCAGACAUGCUAUGAACUAUUUCGGAUGGAUAAAGAAACAUUUAUGAACCUUUGUGAUCAUCUUAAGAGACAUGAAAACUUACAGGAUACACGAUUUGUCACAGUUGAAGAGGCAGUGGCUAUGUUCUUACUAAUCGUAGGACAUAAUGUGAGAAUGAGGGUUGUAGCAGACCGUUUUCAACACUCCACAGAGACUGUCGCUCGACACUUUAAAGAAGUUAGACGUGCAUUAUGUCGACUUGGCAAAAUUCUCAUAUGUCCUAACAAUAUGACCAAUGAGGUGUCUUCAUAUGUUGCUAGUAAUCCUAAAUAUUUUCCAUGGUUUAAGGACUGUAUUGGUGCAAUUGAUGGCACUCAUAUUAGUGCAUGGGUCCCAGCUGAUAGACAAACCAGUUUUAGAGGUAGAAAAACAGUUAUAACACAAAAUGUUAUGUGUGCAUGUAAUUUUGACAUGAUGUUUACAUUUGUUUAUGCUGGUUGGGAAGGAACAGCAAACGAUGCACGUGUCUUUUUAGAUGCAUUGACUAGACCAGAAGUCAAUUUUCCUUGGCCAAGUGAAGGAAAAUAUUAUGUAGUUGAUUCUGGUUAUCCUUGUAUAUCUGGAUUUUUGCCACCAUAUCGAGGUGAGCGAUAUCAUUUACAAGAAUAUCGGGGUAGACAUAAUCAACCUAUCAGGUAUAAAGAACUUUUUAAUUAUAGACAUUCAUCUCUUCGAAAUAUUAUUGAAAGAUGUUUUGGUGUUUUAAAGACCCGAUUUCCAAUAUUAAGGAUGAUGCCUUGUUAUAAGCCAAGUAGGCAACCAUCAAUUGUUGUUGCAUGUUGUACCCUUCAUAAUUGGAUUCGUCUAUCAACUCGAAAUGAUCAAUUGUUUAGAGAAUAUGAGGUAGAAGACCUUUCAAUCGAAGGUGAAGAAGAGAGCACAAGUAGCAGAAACCAUUCAAUUGAUUUAUCAGAUGAGAGUGCAGCAGCUAUGGCAGCUUGUAGAAAUCAAAUUGCUGAAGUGAUGUGGGCAAAUUAUAUUAAUGUCAAUCCAUGA